AUGGUAUCUGCUCAGGAAAGAGCAUCGCUGCUCCGCAAGGAUCAGUUGGAACGAAGCCUCUUUGAUGAGAAGAAACUGAUAGACGAAGGCGUCCUAAAAGAGGACAACCCUCUCGAUCUGUCAGAUUCGUUCCGCAUCCUGUGUGAAGCAUGUCGGCGAGGUGAUCUCAAGGUUUGUCAGGAGAAGAUCCAGGACGGCGUGAAUAUCAACGCCAAAGAUCAGUUCGACUACACGCCACUCAUCUUGGCGAGCCUUUGUGGCAAUUACGAGACCGUCCAGCUGCUGCUUGAGUCAGGUGCUCUCUGCGAACGGGACACUUUCCAAGGCGAACGAUGCUUAUAUAAUGCACUGAACGACAGGAUACGUAACCUGCUGCUCUCCUACGACUACUCCAAGUCAACAGAUCCUUUGCAGCCAUUGGCAGCCCACCUGACUUCUCUAUUAAGCAGAGAGCAGCCUAGAACAUCCGACAUUACCGUCAGCGGCUUCGACGAGUCUUUUGCCCUUCAUAAGUUCGUCCUAGCUGCCAGGUCACCUUAUUUCAAGAGCAAGCUUUCUUCGGCUCCCGAUACCGCAACAUGGAAAAUCCCGGCGAACCUUCCACCACAAUCAUUUGGCAUUGUACUGAAACAUGUUUAUCUUGGAGAGCUACCUCGAGAUAUAGGAGGUGGUCCCGGCACUGGCUUCACCGAUUCCGAGGUUCUAGCCGGUGUCGACCGCAUCAGCAAGCAAUUAGAGAUACCUACGAGCCUAUCACAACUCAUACUUGACAGCAGUGAUCGCCGGUUAGCACGACAAAGACGUCAGGACGAGGUUGAAAGGGGCCGUGAUCAGCUAGAAACUUGGUUUCGUGCCAGUGUUUUGCAGCAUGCCAUUGAGGUUGACACCUCGAAAGCGGACGACAUCAUGUGGGAUCGCGGCAACGCCAUAUUCGCCGAUAUCCUUCUUCGCGCGGAUGAAGAUGAGGAGGACGAGGACGACGAAGCGGCAGCAUCAGGUUUGAGUGGGCAUGUCGCCCCGGGAGAGACGACAAACGUGCUGGGCAUGCCACUGGGCCCAUCCUCCAAGUCUCGAUCACCGUCUCGAUCGCGAAAAACUCGACGAUCCAAGAUCUACCCUUGCCACAAAGCCAUGUUGAUCAGGUCAGAGUUCUUUAUGACCAUGUUUGAAUCACAAUUUAAGGAGGCCCAGGACAGCCCUCACCUCCACAUCGUCUCCAUAGACUGCUCACCAGAAGUGCUGGAGAUCAUCCUCACGUUCUUGUAUACCGAGAAGGCUGAUUUUGGCCUCGAAAUUGCCGUUGACGUGCUCUUUGCCGCAGAUAUGCUGUUUUUGGAAAAGAUCAAAGCGAAAGCAGCGGUUGUCAUAUCGACACUUGGCAAUGGCACGGCGACUACCAUGCCAGCGGAAGUGGCCAGAGAAGAUGAUAUCAUCGACAUCUACGAAAUCCUUCGUGCUGCUUGGAUUACACGAGUGCAACGUCUCGAGGAAUUUGCGGCACGGUACAUUGCGCACAGAUUGGAAACGUAUAUUGACGAUCCCGAAUUCGCCGAUCUCGUCCAGGAGAGCGCGGGCAGAAUCAGUGCCAGACAAGAGACUGACAGUAUUGAGCUGCUCGAUGACAUCCGCUACUAUCUGAGUGAGCGCUUCCGGCUGCGUAUGGAAGAUGUCAAUUUCGAGGAUGCUAUGGACGAAGCAGAAGAUGUGGCGGAAGCUCAGACCAAUAGUCUGCGAUCGGUGACGGAUGAUGGUCAAGGCGACGGCAAACCUUCGGCGGCAGCACCUCUUCUACAAGAAAACGGCGUUGGCGUACAGAACACGACCGCGCAGCAUGCCAUCAUACAAACAGGCGCAGUUCGCACUCUCGACGGAGAAAUUGCUGGAGACGAGAUGGCAGCGGAUGCGAUCAACUACCAGAUUCUCCUGGAGAAAAUCGACAACCUACUAGACCAGCUGAAGCUCGAUGCCUAA